AUGCGAAGAACACUUGUCGAUCUUUUGAUAAAAGAUGAGAAUGUUAAUUAUAAAGUAAGGGAAAUAAAAAGUUGUGAUUUAAACGAAUUUGCCGAGGAAUUUGUUGAGAAAAACAGAGAAGGAUUACAAGAAGCUAAUUUUAUUGUUUUUUAUAAUUAUUUAAUUCUUAAAAGAGAAAAUUUUUUGGAAAGACUUGGGUAUAUUAAAUAUAUAUUUAAAUAUUUUUUGUUUGUAUGA